AUGUAUACCCUUGAGGAAGUGCAGAAGCAUAACAAAGCAGACGAUCUCUGGAUCAUUCUGCAUAACAAAGUCUAUGAUGUUACAAAGUACAUCGAAGAUCAUCCUGGUGGCAGCGCCAUUCUGAUUGAAGUUGCCGGUACCGAUGCUACUGAGGCCUUUGAGGAGACUGGUCAUUCAGACGAGGCGCGGGACGAGCUGGCCAGAUACCAUGUUGGAGAUUUGCCUUCGGAAGAGCAUGCCGAAACCGUGGAGGUCUAUCGUCCGAACUUUGAGCAGGUUGCUCAAUCAGCUGUCGUGACAGUCAAAAAAUCCUCAUCUAGCCGACUAGGUGCUUUGGUUCGCGCCGUGAUCAAGCUCAGUCUCACUGGCGCGUUGGGGACGGUGGCUGUAAUUGGUUAUCGCCAAGGAUGGGGUCCAUUACUUCAACCGUUAAAAAAGCUGUCCAGCCACGCUCUGACGGUACUCUCUAACGGCCAAAAUGCCAAUGGUCAAUUCUGGACUGGGUUUGGAAUUGCCAGUUUAGGACAACUAUCCCUUACAGUGGGAUUGACAAUGUGGAUUUCCACCAAGCUCGAUGUCCAGCAAGAAUUCACCCACUACUCUCCACGCCGCACAUCCAGAAUGGAUCAUAUCAUCCUCAGCAAACGACUCCCCUUAUCGACUAAGAGGGCAGCGCUCGCAAAAAAGCAAAGCUUGCCACCCCUUGAGCCACGUACUUGGAAGAACUUCCCUCUCAUCCGCAAAGAUACCGUCUCGCCCAAUGUCUACCGCUUCGUCUUCGGUCUUCCCCACGAAAACGAUAUUCUAGGCCUCCCGACCGGUCAACACAUUGCGCUUCGGGCCAACAUCAACGGUGAAAACGUUUCCCGCUCCUAUACACCGGUCUCAAACAACACAGACCUAGGCCGCAUCGAGCUCCUGGUGAAAGUCUACCCACAAGGCAAAAUGACCAAGCACCUGGAGAGCAUGAAGAUCGGCGACAUGAUUGAGAUCCGGGGUCCUAAGGGUGCAAUGCAGUACACGACCUCGUAUGCGAAACACAUUGGCAUGAUCGCAGGUGGUACCGGGAUCACACCUAUGUACCAGCUCAUCCGGGCAAUCUGUGACGAUGAAACGGACUCCACGCAAAUCAGUCUGCUGUAUGCGAACAACACAGAGGAAGACAUCCUGUUGCGACAGGAGCUCGACGCCUUUGCGAAGAAUUAUCCGAACAAAUUUCAGGUACAGUAUGUUCUUUCACAGGCCGCGGAGGGAUGGAAGGGACAUCGGGGAUUCGUUUCUCAGGAUUUGAUUCAGAAGUAUCUUGCGCCGGCAGAUCAAAGCAAUAAGAUGUUGCUUUGUGGGCCACCGCCUAUGAUCAACGCUAUGAAAAAGGUCCUCGUUGGGCUUGGGUGGAAGGAACCGGGUGUUUUGUCUAAGGCUACUGAUCAAGUGUUUUUGUUUUAG